AAUGCCUGAUUAAUAGUAUGGCAACUCUUUUGUUGGUUAUAUCAUACUGUCACGCUUGGGGGUAUUGUAUUUGUUGCCAUGGCCAAUGCAAGACUAUGGAAUUUCCCAUGGUACUGUAGAAGGUACUACCAGAGUGUAGAAAGUUCUAUGUGUGUGCCCUAACAUGCACUGCUGCUGUGCUGGAGGGACCAUACCUGCUUUCUUUCAGUACUGUCCUUAUAAAAAGGAAAAGAACUUUCCUUCAGCAGACACAAAGUGAUUAUGAUGCUCCAAACGACACCUUUUAAUUGUAACUUUUUUGGUAACAUGUGGACAUGGCAGCUGGCGCUGUUCUUGCUACUGCUUCUGCUCUUCCAUUUCCAGCUGCCUCGCAGCCGUAGCUUGUGCAGUGGUUAUGCGCUGAUUGGAAUAGGCUUUGCACCAGUAGUCGAAUCUCCCAUCAUUUAUCCGUUCUUUUAGGUUUACUUACCUGAUGAAAACAAUGUAGAUAGGCAUGAAAAACCCUUUUUUUGUUCCAGAUACAAACUAGUCCAUAUAUAUCAAAUGACCAUGCUAUAUGCCACACGGGCAAUUAUAUAUUAAUAAAAGAAGACAGAUGUUCAUUCUGCAUGAACUUCUUUCUAUAGUAAUUGUCGAUUCUAAGCUACCAUGAAUAGGUAAAUCAGAAACAGUUGUAGUAGGAGCAGGAUGAUGUUAGCGGGUUAUAAUUUCAUCCACCAAGUUUAAUAUUUUAUUGAGCCAAAAUCUGAGCCUUGAGUCAGACCCCCAUGCAACUUUGGCUUUCCUAGGCUAGUAUUUGGGCCUAGCCCUUUGGGUGCAAAAGGGCCUUCCUCAAUUGCAUCCAAAAUGCGAAAGCAAAAUUGAGGUUUCUACGAAACCUAGCUAGUGCGGUGAACGGGUAAGCGUGCACGCGGGCGAAAAAUGCAAAGCGCGUGCACGCAGGCGAAAAAUGCAAGGCGCGUGCACGCAAGAAGAUUAGGGUUAUCCCUCUCCUCCUUUCACACCACCCGUUGCCCAUAUAUCCUCGCCGCCGCCGCUCCUACUCACUCACUUGCCAUUUUCAUCGGUGCUCAGGUGAAUCUCUCCUCUCUUCUUCCUCCUUGAUAACCUUCUCGUCGAAUCCCUAUAGGCAAUAACCUCUCCUCUCUUCCAUGUUCUUUAUUUUGUAGAGGAGAUUUCUCAAAGAAUUCAUGUGUGAAGGUAAGUGAUUUGUACUUUAUCUUUCAUUUUUCCCUAGAUUCCCCUAUAGCUUAACCCUAAAACAUAACAAAAGUCAUGGAAUCACUCACUUUUUUUUAUCUCAAAUAUGAAGCCUCCGAGUAGAUCUAAGUUGUUUGGUUAUCUGUAGCAUUGCAGAUCUGCCUCUCCAUCUCUUCCCAUCUAUUCUUUGUGUUGCAAACCAACUGGAUCUGAGUUAUUUAGUUGUUUCAAGGAUUGCAAAUCUGCUUCUUCUCCGUCUUUCCAUUGAAUGGCUUCCAGCUACUCCUGACACCCUCGACUAGAUCUAAAUUGUUUGGUUAUUUAAAGGAUUGCAAAUUUGCCUCUAAUCUGUCUCAUCCACUUCAUUCGUUUCGUUGAUUGGCUUCCUGCUACUCUUGACACCCCGACUAGAUUUAAUUUGUUUGGUUAUUUAAAGGUGAUAACAUGAUAUUUCUGUGAAGUUUUGUGGCACUUGUAUCCGUUUUAACAAGAAGUGUUAAGUUUCCAAGUGAUCCUUUUGAGCAAAUGGAAGGCAAUAAUGUACCACCUGAAAGCAUGAUGCAAGGGGCUCCUUAUGGCAGUUUAGACUUACAUGGCAACUCUAUGCAAACCCAUGCUCCAAACUCAGGAAAACAGAUCUUCAACAACUCUCAGAUGCCUGGGACUUUCACAAUGACUACGAACAGGGCUACAGAGCCUGUUGACUUUCCUGGGUUUCAAUUCAAAGAACAUGGAAAGUGUGAUAAGCACCAUCAUCACAACAGUCAACACUCAAUGAACAGCAUGAGUGAUGAUGAGGAACAUGAUAUGACUGAAGAUGCUACCUAUACCCCUAGUAGCAACGGCAAGAAGGGCUCCCCGUGGCAUCGGGUGAAGUGGACAGAUACAAUGGUAAAGCUUUUAAUUACAGCAGUGUCAUACAUUGGAGAUGAUCAUGGUCCUGAUUUAGGUGGUGGUAGAAGGAAUUUUACAAUAAUGCAGAAGAAGGGAAAAUGGAAGGCUAUAUCGAAGGUCAUGGGCGAGAGAGAAUGCCAUGUGUCACCACAGCAGUGCGAGGAUAAGUUCAAUGACCUUAACAAGAGAUACAAAAGGCUAACAGACAUCCUUGGCAGGGGUAUUGCUUGCAAUGUUGUGGCAAAUCCAACACUUCUUGAUAGCAUGAAUCAUCUUUCUGAUAAGAAGAAAGAAGAUGCGAAGAAGAUACUUAGCUCAAAGCACCUGUUCUAUGAGCAGAUGUGUUCCUACCAUAAUAACAACCGUGUGAAAUUACCUGAAGAUCAUGCACUUCAGCAUUCACUACUUCUUGCCCUUGGAAGUAAAGAUGAACAUGAUCCUAGGAGGGAUACAAGUGGAAAUGAUGAUGAGGAUGAUCAAAGCGUGGAUUUUGAUUAUGAGGAGAAUGAUGAAGAGCAACAUCAUGUGCACUCAAACAUGAGGGAGCCAUCCACGCACAAAAGGCCACGCCAUGGUGAUGCAGCUUUAGUCACCUCAAGCUCUCAUAAAGGUAGUGAGACGUCUAGUCCCCAUGCCAUCAAAGUGGAUAUCAACAAGGCUUUCGCGGAUGGAACCAACUGGUCUUUGAUGCGACAGGACUUGGCUUCACAAACACUAGAGAUUCAGAAGCGUCUCUUGCAGAUUGAAGAAAAAGAUUUGGAACUCAAAAAGCACCGUUUGAGGUGGGACCGAUACAGGAAGAAGAAAGACAGGGAGAUAGAAAGAAUGGAGAUGGAGAAUGAACAAAUGAUGAUUGAAAAUAAACGCUUGGAAAAUGAGCUAAGACAGAAGGCUCUAGAAUUAGAGCUUAAGCUAAAAGGCCAGGAGAAUAAUAAUGCAUGAUCUUUGGUUGAUCAACGCUUCGAUUCUGUGUUAAACUAGUCCCAGAUGGCUUUCGAUUCAGAAUGAAGAUGUGCUUUUGGAAGAGGUAAAGGACUAAAGGUGCUGGAUUGAAGUAGACUCUGAUAAUCGUUUCUGUGCGUAUGACUUGGUUCUUUGUGAUGUACUGGUUGGGCCCUCCUGCUUGUAACUUUCGCUUCUUGGGCAUUAGCAGUAUUGGGCUUGAUGUGCUUUGUGUGUAAGGCUGUUACCAGAAAAAUUUCGUAGUAUUUCUUUUCUUCAGCAUUUAUGUCAAGGUGUGAAGCAGCUGCAACAGGUUCAGCAGGGAACAAAUUUGAGAGUCAAGAAUGGAGAAAAUGGGGAGGAAUACUUCCUUCUAUGUGAAUUUAA